AUGCCCUCGCCCCUCCCUUCGGCCGCCUUCGAGGGAGCCCCCGAAUCAGGCCCAGGUGCGGCAGCACAACCCCUGCGGAUCGCCAUCCUGCUCAAUUCGUACCGCUCACGCUUCCUGCCGGCCAUCCGCAACUCCUACGAGCGCACCCUCGGCGGCGUCUGCCCGGCGGGCACGGAGUCCGUCUUCUUCGAGCCCGCCAACAGGCAGGGCGACUUCCCAGACCCGGCGCGCUUCGACCUCAUCGUCGUUGGCGGGUCCAACGUCAAUCCCCGCAAGUCGCACCCCUGGAUCCUGGAGGUCCAUGAGUUCCUGAGGGGAGUGGUCAGGCGGUGGCCCCAGAGGAAGAUACUGGGGAUCUGCUGGGGCCACCAGACGAUCUGCCGGGUCUUUGGGGGCGUGGUGGUUGAUGCGGCUGUGCCAGAGAUGGGCGUCGCCACGGUGGGCCUGACAGAGCAAGGGCGGCAGUUCUUCCACGAAGCCGCCGUCCCCGGCUGCUUCAAGCUGCAUCAGCAUCACCGGCGCGAGGUCGCCGCCGCGCCGCCGGGAUUCGCGCACCUCGCCCGGGGCAACCAGUGUCUCCUGAACGCGAGCAACACGAUCCUGACGUUCCAGGGGCACCCGGAGAAGGACGCCGAGACGGCGCGGCUGCGGAUGCACGACUCGAUGCGGUGGUUCGGCUUCGACGCCGUCGACGAGAAGGCCUGGGCGCGGCUCGAGCAGAUGAUCGAGAUGGAACAUGAUGGCGACAUGGUGUGGCGGCGCAUCUUGGAUUGGGUGAGGGAGCCGCCGGCGGUGCUAGAUGUGUCCGAGGUGGAGAAGUCGAGCAAGAUAUGA